CCAUCAUGGACUGCACACAUCGUCCACGGACAUGGACACGGCUGCAACCAUUCUCACCGUCCUUCUCUUUUUGCUACUCAAUUUCCCGCUGGGCACCGACAGCAGCUCGCUGGCCGACCUCACCACCAUCAGGAAUCGAUCCGGCCGCUCCGUCAACACGUCGUCGUCCGUCCUUUUGGCGGCUGAACAAACUCAUCAAGUGGCGGUGGCGGGAGCACAGCAGCAGACGUCCAACGACCGAAAUUUCGUUUACAAAGUUGUCAGACUCAGCGGUGGGUCGACGACGCCGAAGCCUCCUCCUCCGGCCGUGUUUGUGACAGCUCCUCCGCAUGUUAAUAAUCAUGGCCAUUAUUAUCCGGAUGAAUUCGACGCUCUCCUGCGAUCGGCCUUUAUCGUCGGCCUCCGCGUCGAGGAUGCGGACAGCAAAGGCGUUUCUUACGACGCCGACGGCACUCCAAACAUUCAAGCGGGAAAAGCGGUGACGGUGCGGCUAUUUGGCGACGACAUGAGCGAAGCCUCCCAGUUCCGUUUCGUCUCGGUCGCCCGUCAGAGAGGCGACGACUGCGAGGACCUGCCCUUCACGGCCAUCGUCAACGUCACGAAGAAUUCGCUGACCAAUUUCUCGGCCCUCGUCCAUUUCCGUCUGCCCAGUUUGCCCAGUCAUCCGAUCAACGACGACGAUUCCUACCCGGCGGCAGUGACCGACGACGAGACGCAAGAAGGAGAAGAAGAGCUGCCGGCCUUUUACGUCUGCUCCAUGGGCAUGUCGGCCGACGGGCGGAUGCGCUGGAUUCAUCAGGGCAAAGAGCCCGGAGUCAAAUUGAGAACCUACGAGAAAACGUUGCCGUUGUGGUUCCAGCUGGCCAUCAUCGGCCUCCUCCUCUCACUGUCCGGCCUCUUUUCCGGCCUCAAUCUCGGUUUGAUGGCGCUGGAUCGGACGGAUUUGAAGAUUUACGAGAACACGGGAUCGGAGAAGGAGAAGGGAUUCGCCCGGGCCAUCAUUCCCGUCCGCAAUCACGGCAAUUACCUCCUGUGCACCUUGCUGCUGGGCAACGUCCUGGUCAACUCUUCGCUGACGAUCCUGCUGGACGAUUUGACGUCGGGCAUUAUCGCCAUCGUCGGAUCCACCAUGGGCAUCGUCAUCUUCGGCGAAAUCGUCCCGCAGGCCAUCUGCUCCCGUCACGGGUUGGCCAUCGGCGCCCACACCGUCUGGAUCACCAAGUUCUUCAUGCUCCUGACUUUCCCCCUCUCCUAUCCCAUCUCGUUGAUCCUCAACUUGAUCCUGGGCGAGGAGAUCGGAGCCUACUACAACCGGGAGAGGCUUAAAGAAUUAAUCAAGGUAACCAACGAGUACCACGACUUGGAGAAAGAGGAGAUCAAUAUCAUCUCGGGAGCGUUGGAAAUGCGCCGCAAAACGGUGGGCAACAUCAUGACCCGAUUGGAGGACAUUUUCAUGCUGAGCUACGACUCGGUACUCGACUUUGAGACCGUUUCCCAGGUGCUCAAACAAGGUUUCUCUCGAGUGCCAAUCUACGACGGGGCCAGGAACAAUAUCGUCGGGCUGCUCUUCAUCAAAGAGUUGGCGUUGGUCGAUCCCGAGGACGCCGUUCCGUUGCAAACGCUCUGCAAGUUCUACCAGCGCCAGUGCAACUUUGUCUUUGACGACACGACGCUCGACGUCGUCUUCAAGGAUUUCAAGGAAGGCCACAAGGGUCACAUGGCCUUCGUCCAGCGGGUCAACAGCAACGGCGACGGCGACCCGUUUCACGAGACCGUCGGACUCGUCACUCUCGAGGACGUCAUCGAGGAACUCAUUCAAGCUGAAAUUGUCGACGAAACGGACGUAUGGAUUGACAACCGGAGUAAACGACGCCGUGAGAAGAGCAGAUUGCUGCAGGAUUUCAGCAGUUUCGCCGUCCAGUACCGGGUGCCGGCCAGUCACAAGAUCUCGGCCCAGUUGGCGUUGAGCGCCUUCCAGUUCCUCAGUUCGUCCGUCGACCCGUUCCACGCCAACUGGAUCUCGGAGAACGUCCUGCGUCGUCUGGUCCAACAGGGUCCCGUCGUCCAAUUCAUCCGCGUCGAUAAGAGCCGGAAAUCUUUAAGCAAUUCCGAUCCGGACUCGCCGGCAGCAGCGGAUGCCACCCUCAUCUAUCAGCAAGGAAAAGCUGCCGACUAUUUCGUAUUGAUCCUGGAAGGGCGAGUGGAAGUGACGGUCGGCAAGGAGAGCCUAGUUUUCGAAAGUGGGCCGUUUAGCCAUUUCGGGUCGUGCGCCCUGACGGCCGGCGGAGUCUUCGCCCUUGGCGACGAAUUGGGUGAGUCGACUAAAGCGUCCGUCAAGUGCUGGCCAAGUAAUGGAACCCUCCAGCUUUCGGGUCGAGCUUUAUCCAUUUCCGAGCCUGCUGCUGGCGCAGUUAUCGGGGCCGGAGCUCCUCCUGCUGGCGUCCAGUCGUCAUCUCCGCCGUCGGGAGCAGGAGCAGCUCAUCAUCAGAUUUUCGUCUCGGAUUACACGGUCCGGGCCCUGACAUCAGUCACUUAUCUGCGCGUCAGCCGGUUCCUCUACCAGGCGGCCCGCUCGGCCACCCUGUUGGAACGGGCUCAAGUCACGUCGGACAACAACGGCCGGGCCGGCGACAACGGGCGGCUCAGCGUCGAUAGCGUCGUCGAUGUCGACUCUUCUCAGCUGACCUCGACAGGGUCAUCCUACCGCUACUCCAGCAGCGGCUCGAUCGUCGACGCUAAUUGCGCCGGCGGCAAUUUAAGCGAGUCCAAUCAAGAGACCAACGCCGUUAGCACCCAGCUCUAGGUCCGGUCUCAGCGAGAUCCCGUCUAGCUCAACGGACAUUUCACAUAUGCCGGUCCUUCUUCUUAUUAUUGAAUUGAAUCAUUUUAGGGGAAAUUAUUUUGACACCUGUUAGAUUUGUGACGGUUAACAAUAAAACUAAAGUCAAUUGAA